CCGCGAGGCGGCUGCACGUAUUCAUGUCGCAAUAAAAAGCAGCGCUGCGGUCAAACGAACCAUCCUGAACAUUAUCGAUAUUCAGCCUUAAAAUUCGCCCGACAGCAUUGACAAGAUGAGUCUGACGCUGAAGAACAUGUCUGUGAAGCCUGGGAAGGACCUGAAGAUCACAGGUGUUCCCAAGCCUGAUGCCGAGGGGUUCUCCGUUAACAUCGGCCACAGCGACAAUGACAUCGCCCUGCACUUCAAUGUCCGCUUCAACCAGCACGGGGACCAUCACGUCAUCGUCUUCAACUCCCGGCAGGGCGGCUCCUGGUGCAGCGAGCAGAGGGAACACCACUUCCCCUUCGAGCAGGGGGAGGAGUUUAAGGUAACCAUCAACUACAACAGUGAUGAGUUUCAUAUCAAGAUACCCGGUGACCACACUGUGACGUUCCCUAAUCGUUUUGGCGAAGACAAGUUCAUGUAUAUUGAAGUACUGGGGGAUGUCAAAAUUAAGGGCUUCAAGAUUAAUUAAGCAAGUCUACAGUCACUGGAUCUGCCCAGUCUGGCUGCUGAUUGGUUGAGAUCUGUGCCAUAUUCUCUGUGAAACUUCAUCAUGAUGCUUAAUUCUUCCACCACUAUUACACUCGUCACUAUACCACGUGUUGCUUCUGUUUGCACAAGCACUGUGAACCUGAACAACUUCGCCGGUUUGGAAUCACAGCUUUUCCCGGUUCUUCUUCGGAAAAUAUUUAAACCCGAAAGUUUGAAAAUCAUUUUGACAUUUCAGAUACUUUAAUAAACCUCACAGCACUUUGCUGUUCGUUGCUUUCGGGGCAGAA